CUGGUCACAGUGAGGGGCCUGGUAUGGAUGGUGAUUCAGCACAGGUUUAUAGAACUAGCUACGGGCGUAUGGUCAUCCAGGAUAUUCCUGCUGUCACCAGCAGAGGGCACGUGGAGAACGCACCUGACCUGGUUUCAGACUCCACCUACUACAGCAGCUUUUAUCAGCCAUCUCUGUUUCCGUACUACAACAAUCUGUACAACUAUCCGCAGUACCCCGUGGCCUUGACUGCUGAUUCCCCUUCUGGGGACAUGGGAAACCCUCUUGGGGGAUCCCCGGUGAAGAACAGCCUUCGCAGCCUCCCAGCUCCUUAUGUGCCUGGUCAGGCAGGAAACCAGUGGCAGCCGAUGAAAACCUCAGAGAACCGCCACCCUGUGGGUUCCCAGUACAGGAUGCAUUCGUACUACCCAGCUCCCUCCUACCUGGGCCAGAGCGUGUCCCAGAUCUUCACUUUUGAGGACGGCCCUCCCUACCCGGAAACCAAAGCGAGCGUCUUCUCGCCACCCAGCAGUCAAGAUUCGGGCUUGGUCUCCCUCUCCAGCAGCUCUCCCAUCAGCAACGAGAGCACAAAGGGAGUGCUUGAAUGUGAGCCUGCCUCCGAGCCCAGCAGCUUUGCGGUCACUCCCGUCAUCGAGGAGGACGAGUGAGCGGUGCCUUUGGUGGUUCACUUGGAAUAGCAGGCUUAU